GCGAUGGCGGCGCGGGGGCGGGCCGCGGCUCGGGCUGUGGCCGUGGCUCGGGCCGGGUCUCUGGCGGCCGGGCGGGCCGCGCUGCACCUGGGGAAAGGCGGCGCCAUGGGGGCGAGCGGCGGGCGGCGGCUGCACUGAGGCGGCGGCGGCGCUCGCGCUCGCGAGGGGACCCCCGGGCCGGGACCGCCCGCCCGCCCCGCGCGGCCGGGGGAUGUUGCGGUGGAUCCGGCAGCAGCUGGGUUUUGACCCACCGCAUCAAAGUGAUACACGAACUAUUUAUAUAGCCAACCGUUUUCCCCAGCAUGGCCAUUAUGUUCCUCAGAAAUUUGCAGAUAAUAGAAUCAUAUCAUCAAAGUACACGGUGUGGAAUUUUGUUCCAAAAAAUUUAUUUGAGCAGUUCAGAAGAGUAGCCAAUUUUUAUUUUUUGAUUAUAUUUUUGGUUCAGCUUAUGAUAGAUACACCUACCAGUCCUAUUACAAGUGGAUUGCCAUUAUUCUUUGUCAUAACUGUAACAGCCAUAAAGCAGGGCUAUGAAGACUGGUUACGACAUAAAGCAGAUAAUGAAGUAAAUGGAGCUCCAGUUUAUGUUGUUCGAAGUGGUGGCCUUGUGAAAACUAGAUCAAAAAACAUUAGGGUGGGUGAUAUUGUCAGAGUAGCCAAAGAUGAGACUUUCCCUGCCGACCUUGUACUUCUCUCCUCUGACAGAGCUGAAGGUUCAUGCCAUGUUACUACUGCUAGUUUGGAUGGAGAAACCAAUCUUAAGACGCAUGUUGCGGUCCCAGAAACAGCAGUAUUACAGUCAGUUGCCAACCUGGAUAAACUCGUAGCUGUUGUAGAAUGCCAGCAGCCAGAAGCAGACCUAUACAGGUUUGUUGGCAGAAUAACUAUAAGUCAACAAAUUGAAGAAAUUGUACGACCUCUUGGCCCCGAAAGUCUCUUACUACGAGGAGCAAGAUUAAAAAACACUAAAGAGAUUUUUGGUGUUGCAGUGUAUACAGGUAUGGAGACAAAGAUGGCAUUAAAUUACAAGAGUAAAUCUCAGAAACGAUCAGCGGUAGAGAAGUCUAUGAAUUCAUUUUUGAUUAUCUAUUUAAUAAUCCUCCUUUUUGAAGCCAUCCUGAGUACAAUUUUAAAAUAUGCUUGGCAAGCUGAAGAGAAAUGGAACGAGCCUUGGUACAAUCAGAAGACUGAACAUGAAAGAAACAGCAGCAAGAUUCUGAGAUUUAUUUCAGAUUUUCUUGCUUUUCUGGUACUUUACAAUUUUAUUAUACCUAUUUCACUUUAUGUGACUGUUGAGAUGCAGAAAUUUCUUGGAUCUUUUUUUAUUGGCUGGGAUCUUGACCUCUAUCAUGAAGAAACAAACCAGAGAGCACAAGUAAAUACUUCAGACCUCAAUGAGGAAUUGGGACAGGUGGAGUAUGUGUUUACAGAUAAAACUGGUACGUUAACUGAAAAUGAGAUGCAGUUUCGAGAAUGCUCUAUUAAUGGCAUCAAAUACCAAGAGAUCAAUGGCAAACUAAUUCCUGAGGGCCUGACCGAGGAUUCUCCAGAUGGAAUUAGACAGAGUCUUAUGAAAGAGGAAGAACUCUUCUUGAAAGCUGUCUGCCUCUGUCAUACGGUGCAGAUCAGUGCAGAUCAAACUGAUGGCAUGGGUGAUAGUCCUUGGCAUGCCAAUGGAAUAGCAUCUCAGUUGGAGUAUUAUGCUUCCUCACCAGAUGAAAAAGCUUUAGUUGAAGCUGCUAGCCGAGUUGGAGUUGUAUUUACUGGAACCAGUGCAGAAAGUAUGGAAAUUAAAAGCCUUGGAAAACCAGAAAGGUAUAAAUUACUUCAUGUUCUGGAGUUUGACCCAGAUCGUAGACGAAUGAGUGUCAUUGUGGAGAGUCCUUCAGGAGACAAGCUCUUAUUCACAAAAGGAGCAGAAUCUUCCAUCCUUCCUCGCAGUAGGAGUGGAGAAAUAGAUAAAACGAGGUUACACGUGGAUGAAUUCGCUUUGAAGGGGCUCAGAACUUUAUGCAUAGCUUAUAGAAGAUUCACAGCUGAGGAGUAUCAAGAAAUAGACAAACGCCUUUACGAGGCCAGAACUGCCUUACAACAACGAGAAGAACGACUAGCAGAUGUAUUCAGUUUUAUAGAGAAAGAUCUGGAGUUACUCGGGGCAACAGGAGUAGAGGACAGACUCCAAGAAAAAGUCCAAGAAACUAUAGAAGCCCUCAGACUGGCUGGUAUCAAAGUGUGGGUGCUCACUGGAGAUAAACAUGAAACGGCUGUGAGUGUGAGUUUAUCAUGUGGACACUUUCAUAGAACCAUGAACAUCCUUGAACUUGUGCAGCACAAAUCGGACAGUACAUGUGCUGAGCAACUGAGGCAGCUAGCCAGGAGAAUAAAAGAUGACCAUGUAAUCCAGCAUGGGCUGGUUGUGGAUGGGACCAGCCUCUCUCUUGCACUCAGGGAACAUGAGAAACUGUUCAUGGAAGUUUGUAAAAACUGUUCUGCCGUGCUGUGUUGUCGCAUGGCUCCCCUGCAGAAGGCAAAGGUGGUACGACUGUUAAAAACAUCGCCAGAGAAACCUAUAACAUUAGCCAUUGGUGAUGGUGCUAAUGAUGUAAGCAUGAUACAAGAAGCACAUGUUGGCAUCGGAAUCAUGGGUAAAGAAGGAAGACAAGCUGUUAGAAACAGUGACUAUGCAAUAGCACGGUUUAAAUUCCUCUCAAAGUUGCUUUUUGUUCAUGGCCACUUUUACUAUAUUAGAAUAGCAACCCUUGUACAGUACUUUUUUUAUAAGAAUGUGUGCUUUAUUACACCACAGUUUUUAUAUCAGUUCUUCUGUUUGUUUUCACAACAAACUCUGUAUGACAGUGUGUACUUGACUUUGUACAAUAUUUGUUUCACUUCCCUGCCUGUCCUCGUCUACAGUCUUUUUGAACAGCAUGUGCACCCGCAUGUAUUACAGAGCAAGCCAGCACUCUAUCGAGACAUCAGUAAAAAUGCCCACCUGGGCUAUAAACCAUUUCUUUAUUGGACCAUCUUGGGCUUCUGUCAUGCAUUUGUUUUCUUUUAUGGUUCAUAUCUUCUGAUGGGGGAAGACACUUCUCUACUGGGAAAUGGCCAGAUGUUUGGAAACUGGACUUUUGGUACCUUGGUCUUCACAGUUAUGGUUAUAACUGUAACAUUUAAGAUGGCUUUAGAGACUCAUUUCUGGACUUGGAUAAACCAUUUUGUAACCUGGGGCUCCAUUGUAUUCUAUUUCUUAUUUUCCUUGUUUUAUGGGGGAAUUAUCUGGCCAUUUUUGCAUACCCAGGAUAUGUACUUUGUAUUUGUUCAGUUGCUAUCAAGUGGUUCUGCUUGGUUUGCCAUAAUCAUCAUAGUCGUUGCUUGUUUGUUUCUCGAUGUCAUGAAGAAAGUGCUGUUUAGACAUCUACAACCAACAAAUACUGAGAAAGCUCAGCUUACUGAGACAGGUUCAGGUAUCAACUGCUUGGACUCCAUGUGCUGCUUCGCAGAUGGGGAAACAGCAUGCACAUCUAUUGGAAGAAUGCUGGACCGACUGAUAGGAAGAUGUAGUCCAACCCGGGUCACCAGAUCAUGGAGCUCAUCGGAUCCCUUCUAUGCCAACGACCGAAGCAUCUUGACUCUCUCCACAAUGGACUCAAGUACUUGUUAACAGGGACAUUUGUUAAUGCCUUGUGGAAGCCAUAUGGUGCUCACCUACCUAUACUAGGUUAUAAGCAAGUUCAGUGCUAUAACCCACCCUAGCAAAUCUACCAGAAUAAUGCAGACUACUAAAUAUACAAACCUUGUGGUCUAUCCCGUAGCAUAGAAAUGCAUACAACUGAAGGUUGAUCUCUCUUCUAAUCAUAGGCCUAAAUUGCUAAAUUGUUGCAUAUUAAGAGUGUGCUUUUUCUCUGCCCAUUUACUGUUUGAGGUACCAUUUUAACACAUGGAAGUCCUGUGUCUGACAUUAUUUGGGAUGUCAGGAAGAGGCAACAACCACAUUUCUGCUCCCAGAUCUAGGUGCCUGAAGGUACUGACUUGUUUUUAAGUCCAGUGUCAUACUUUUAAGUAGACUCUUUUCCCCCUCUUUAAGACAUUUAUAUAUAGAUAUAUUUAUUCUACAUUCAUAUUGUGCCAUCUCCUUAUAUUCUUAGCAAAUUGAAAAUAAAGAAAGUUCUUAUUUCUUCCAUGGGCAAAACAGCAAGUAAAACAUAGCUUUAUGGUUAUCCUACUCAACAUUUUUGUAAAGCAAUUGAAAUGCCGUGCAGGCAUUUGUGCUGGUGUAGAAAUGGCAAUAAACUACUAGCCACUUCCUAUAAAUGUCAUAGCUUACGUAGACUGGAAUGGUAUAAAAAAAAGUUUACAGCUGCUGCUUGUUCUUUUCAAAUAAUAUUCAGGAGUCGCUUGUUCUCUAUUAUGCUCUACGUGUUUUAAUAAUUACUGAUCCUGAUAUGGAAGAGCAGGGGAGAAAGAUGCAUAUGAAAUGGAUUCUGCAUCUCACUGGCAUAAAUUCAGUAAAUGUAAACAAUUUAAUCCUUUUAAAGCUGGGGAUUUUUUGCAUGUUUUAUUCUUUCUAAUGUAUUUAUACUUGACCAUGUUGUACUUUGAAGACCUAAUUAAGCAUUAGUUAUCUUCAUCUGUCUGAAGGAUCUGACACAUUGAUGGCAAUGUUUUGAUAUACAAAUACAUCAAUAAAAAUAAAAUUGCACAUGUGUUACUUUGGACAGUAUUGCACAUUUUUUCAGGUGCAUUUUCCAAUAUAAUGUGUUUUCAGAUUCUGGGACUGGAUAGGAAGUCUUGCAAAUUCAUUUUUGAACAGGUGAUAUUGAGAGACACCAGCUAGCAGAAGUGUCAAAUCAACUAGCUGCAGAUGUUGAAAACUGAGAAUUGGAGGACAUUGCAGCAGUGAUGCUGACGAUCCCCCUUGCCAAGUCAGUUGUUGGCAACCCCAAAAUGUAUAGUUUGGUGGAAGUGAUUCCACUGCUGGGACUGCAUUUUUCUCAUGUCGGCUUCAGGCUCCACAUCUCCAUAAACACGUGACAUUUUUGAAACGCAGUAACUGGAAAGUUGCACCUGCAAAAUUCAGACCUGAUAUUUGCUGCUAGCAAAAGCAGGCUGUUGUGGAGGUAGGACAGAGUCUGUCUUACCAUGAUCUUGCCUAAUGCUACUUAGCCUGGAUAUUACACGAGGUAGAGCUGUGGGACACAGCGGUACAUAUGUACAUACCCCCAGCUUGUCUACUUUGCAGCUGUCUUUUUGGAGUUGUAGUGCAGGUGAACUAGAUGGCUUACACUGGUUUUCAUAAUGGAGACAAAACCCUCCAUGGUGCACAAGCUGUUUCAGGAGGAGAUUGUCUCCAUUACCCAAGUCCCAGAUUCUGUGAACUGGAACAAAAAAAAUGAUGUGCCUAAUUGUCUUCUGAGGCUGAAGUGAAUAUGUUUUAUUGAAAUCAGUAGAGCAACAAAGCUCAGUGACAGGUGCAUCGAGCCCCACACACUUAGCAGUGAUAAAGCAAUCCCAUUUUUCAGUAUGGUCCAUGUUAUCGGGAUAGCCUCCUUACCACACAUUGAAAAUGCUCAGAUUGUCCUAAGUUGAGAUGCAUGCAUAAUUGUGAUUUCAAGCACCGAGAUCCUCUGAAAUUAUUGCUUGAAAUCAGUCUGGUAUGUAGUAUGAACAGCAUCUGUGUUGAGAUAUUUGAGAGAACUGCAUGGAGUCAGAAAAUGUCUUAAUUUUGUUGCAGUAUAAAGGAAGGGUUGCCAGGUAGUGUUCCCUGAAUAACCUUUUUGUGGAACUACAAAAUUAAAAGAAAAAUCUCUUCCUAGUUCUCUUGGCCACAUAAGUUUCUUUAUAACGUUAGUUAGGAGUCUGACUUAAACCGUCUCAGGAAGAGAAACAACAUGCUGGUGUAUUUAUCUUGCCACAUUUACCUGGGAAAGAUCUUGGGAAAGACUUUCUUUAAAAAAUUCUGGUCCGAUAUCUGCUGUUUGUAGCUGUUGUUGUUUUGAAAACAUUAUGUGUUAAUUCCCAAAAGCAGUCCCAUCUGUCCGUCAUUCAUAGCUUGCUUAAUCAUCCAGCGAUUUUCAGUGUUGCCAUGUAGUUUAAUUUGUUUGUGUAAUUAGUGUGUCAUGUAUGAAAAUCUAAAUUAGGGUCUCUCCCUAGAAAAAGGAAGAGGCUUCCAAAAAAGAACCCAGCUCCAAGCAUUUCUAACAAGCCCAUAUCAUACGUGUAUACUUUGUAUUUGGUUGUACAAAUAAAAGGUUGAAGACAUUUGUACCAAAGAAGCAACGUUUUAGCACUGAAGAAUUUACCUUCAUGAUGUGUCUGUCAAAAAUGUCCACCUCUCAUCCCCCAACUGCCCCUGCUCCCAGGUGUAACCAUGCAUUUAAACGGCUUUUCCUGAACUUAAGAAUUCAUCUGUCUGCAGAGGUAUACUUUUCUAGAUGCAGUAAAACUUCAUCAGUAAUGUUUUAUUUCCCAUUAACAGGAAUGCAUACUUGGCUCCCCCAGGACUUGGUACUGACCUAAUGGCUGCUUAAGAAGGAAAGCAACAAUAUUUUUUGUAACACGCCACAAAUAAUUUAAGAUUGGCUUUGCUCCAGAAAGGUGCUUGUAUAUUUUUGGGAGUGUUAAAGUGUAUGUUAAAUGCUGAUUUUUAGAUUUGGUAGUACGUGGGAUGUUACACAAAGCAGAGUUAAUCACGCAUGCUGCAUUUUUUGUAUCCAACCCUAACUAUUGGUCUUUCUGAUUAAGACCAUGAGUCAGGAAGAACAGCUUGCAGCACCCAGGUGAUGCACUAGACUCACCUUCAGCCUUGUCACCCAUGAGGCAUAUACACAGGAUUCCCAGAGGUGUGUGCUUUUACUGCGGUAAAGUCUACAUCUCCGUGCACUUUAACACUGAUGACAUGACAGACGCAGUCUCCUUUUCCUGCAUGGUUGAAAGCAGGACAAGGGCUCACCUUCUCCACAGCCACCUUUGGAAUUGGAUUAAAUUCUCUGUAGGUCUUAGCACCUGCUCUGGGAAAGUUGCUUUUUCAGACGAUGUAUUUUCUAUUGCUGAACAUAUGCUACCUUGCAGCAAACUCUCUAGAAACUAUAAAAUGGAAAAACAGAUGGGAAAAGUGUCUUUUUUUUUUUUCCUUAUAAUGACUUCACAACCUAAAAUAUAACUAGUCCACUUUAUAACGGGAACCCAAUGGAAGGGAGUGCCAUAAACUUUGACUUCACAGGUCCAGAAUAAUUUAAUGUUUUCUAGUGCAAAAAGUUAUUUUAAAUGCUUUGUAUAAUGUAUCACGGUAGGCAACUAUCUUUCUUUAUUGGAACUAUUUGGUAACAUUUUUAACAUGGUUUUUUUAUGACAGGGCACCUGUUGUACCUGUAGAAAUGUUCUUGUUUUCUAGUGCAAGAAACAUUGCAUCUUUAAAUAAUGGCAUCUAAUCUAUAGGAUUGUUAACUGUUAUAUCUGACCCACGUCCUUUGCUUUUAAGAUUAGGUUUCAAAAUCUUGCGAUUGAUUUGUGGAGCACAGUAUCCAGAAGCACUUAAAUAUCAUGUAUGUGCAAGCCCGCCUGGUUUGGAGCCUGACUUGUUAUCUUGAUUUCUCGUUGUGGCUGUAGUAGUGACGUGGCUCUAACAGAAGUUAACCCCUGAUAAUUGUGCAAUGCUGCUGCAGUUCCAGAUGAUCACAAUAAUCUCCGAUGGAUUUACAUAACUAGAGCUGGGCGAACCUUUCAGAGUAGGAAAAUUUCCUCUAUUAGCUCUUCAUAUUCAGAUAUCAUUUACAGAUGCUUCUUUGUAGAUGUGUUGUACAACUAUCCCCUCUUAUGAGUUGCUGAUAAGCUGUUUCCACUCCACUAUUUAUUCAUUUUGUAUUUUGCAUGGCAGGUAAUUUAUCCCCCUAAGUUGUAUCUGGUUCCUACUUUUUAUUUGAAUGACUUCACUUAUAAACAAGGGAAAUUGGAGAUUUCCAAACGUGAAUGCUUCCGUCACUGAUCACAUGUAUGCAUUCACACGAGGAUUUGAGGCAUUUCCGCUUUUCACAAACACAUUCCUGCAGCUAAAUAUCUUCCGGCAAAGGUAAUUUAAUAAUUACCCUAUGUGCUGUCCAAGCUAAAGCAUGUUGUCCAUUCAAGUGAAGGUUUUUCCAUAGCUGCUUUUGAGGUAUUCACCUGGCUCUAGCCAUAAUACAUCCCUCUCUUGCCGUAAGUGUAGAUAAUGAUCAUGCCUGUAGAAAUCAGACUUGUUUGGUUGUUUCCAGUCUGUAUAAAUGCAUGGAACUUAAAUCAAGCCAUGUAGGCUUGGAGUAAAAAGGCACCUAUGGUAUAGAGCAUGAAGCGGUAUAUGAUAACACACAAAAAAAAACAACAACCCCAAGCAAACCAAACACAUUGCAGAUUACAACACGGUUGUUUAAAAGAUGAAAAGAUGCAAAGUAACAGCAAUUUUUUUUCUUUUUGAGUCAGCAUUUAUAAAAGGAAUUGUUUCAUGUAUCAAAGGAGUCCGGUCUGAUUUGUUUUUGGGGGCGUUUUUUUAGCAGUGGAAUAAAUAUAUUUCAUGUACAUGUUUGAGGAAUAAAGAGGAAUUAUUUUAAACAUAAAGCUCAUUUUCAGGUAGGAGUAAUAUGUCAUUACUACACCAAAGCUCGUAUUUUAAAAAACGCUUAGCUGUAGUCCCAUUAAAACCUCUGAUUCUUCUGGGCGUGUAGAAACACAAAUCAUCUGGGCUUUUUUUUUUGUUUUUUUCUUUUUAAAAAGUAUAAUCAAGUGCUGCGUGUUCUUGGGGAAAAGAACAUUGAAUGAUGCUCUGGCGGGAGGCAUUGCCUGGUACCCAGUCGUGUGUUGAUGUCAAUGGUUUAUUUUUGCCAACGAGGGGCAUUAACAACUGGAAACUGUAGCAAUAAUUAGUACCAAGAAUUUUGGACCUCAGACACUGUGGCUGCCUCUGAUGUUCUGCUUAUUGACUCUGCUCUCAGAGGAUCUAUAGUGUGCUUGUUGUACAGCUCUGUCAGGAAAAUUGUUUUAAAAACAAAAGUUUAUGGAAAUUAUAUUUAAUAAAAACUUUCACUUUUUA